UGGCUAAAAAAGUUCUGACCAGAACAGCCACCACCCUUGACAUCGAACAUCAAGGCAGAGAUGUUUUAAUGGAUUCACGCAUUGAUCCUAGAUUUCGCCAGGCAACAUGUCACAGGAGCAAAGGCGAAAGCGCAGAUUACCGACGACUCUAACUAGCAACAGCAGGAGCAAUGGAGGCACAUCUUCGACAUCCCAAUCACGUCUUAAUGUUUCGGUAUUCAGCUCUGACUCGGAUACAGCCAACGGGACUGAUGACAAUAGUAACCAUAGUGGCAAGAAGCGCUUUAGACAGGGUUAUUUUACUCAUAAGCCAAGCUCAUCAUCUAAGCUUUCAUCCUCUGAGUCUGCAUCCAACGUAGUACCAGUAGAGUUCGUGAUUGAAGGUAUCAAGGUUAAAUUCCCUUUCGCUCCUUAUGAAUCACAGCGGGAAAUGAUGAGCAAGAUUGUUAAGGCACUUCAGACGGAGGAAAAUGCACUGCUUGAAAGCCCUACAGGCUCCGGUAAAUCAUUGGCGCUACUUUGUGGGGCCCUUGCUUGGUUAGAAUCUGAAAAGGGAAAGCGAAUGGCAAUCAGAGCAAAGGCAAAGCAAAUGGAACUCAAAGCAAAGCAGGGGGAAAUCGUUGAAUCACCAUAUUUUACGGAUGAAAAAUAUUUAGACACCAAUACUUCCAGUACUUUUUUGGAUUCGACAGCGUCUUAUAAUCCGUCAGGUUGUGGGCCUUGCGCUGCGUCCUGUGGAUCUUCAAUGAUAUUAGGAGAAGCGAAUGAUGGCCAAUUACCCGAUUCCAAUUUGAUAAUUGAUCCACAGCCAUCAACAGAACCCAAAGCUAUACCGUAUAUAAAAUGCAGUGCUACAAUUCAGGAUGACGAGGCUUUUAAGCCUACAAGAAAAGAUAGUGUAGCUAAGGGUCUAAAAGACGUGAUAGAAAUCCAAUAUGAAAAAGCUGAAGAGCCGUCUAGAUCAAUUACCUCAACUGGGGAUAAGCAUCCAGGAAAUAGCACACACGGUUACAGAAAUAUACCAAAGAUAUACUUUGGAAGUCGAACACACAAACAAAUUACUCAAUUAGUCAAAGAGCUAAAAUCGAACACGGUAUAUCGACCAAAGAUGGUCGUUUUGGGAAGUCGAAACCACUAUUGCAUCAAUCCACAUCUAAAGAAAGUAACAAACAAGAAUGAUGCAUGCCAAGAGCUUCUUGAUAGUGUUACUGGUGAAGGUUGCUAUCAAAAGUCCCGAGCAGGUGAAUUAGCCAUGAAAUUCACUGAACGCAAAGGCGGUCAAAACAAAAUAUGGGAUAUGGAGGAUCUUGUGAAAACAGGGAAGAGCCUUCGAGCAUGUCCUUACUUCGCCGCGAGGUCAAUGGCUGUAGAUGCAGAGCUCGUGUUCUGCCCCUAUGGCUAUCUGAUCGAUCCUCAAAUCCGUAGAGCCAUGGAGAUUAAUCUCGACGAAAGCAUAGUGAUCCUGGAUGAGGCUCACAAUAUCGAGGACGCGGCAAGAGAAGCAGGAGGCCUAGAAGUUGUGGACAGUGACUUGACGGCAGCCGCAAUGCAAUUCGGAGAUAUGGUCAAGCGUAAUAACCUUGUCGAUUGGUGCUUACCACUCCGGAAUCUCGCGGAAAUGUUUUUAUCUAUGCUGAAUGACCAAGUCAAGUUUAGUAUUAGAGAGUAUGAACAAUCCACAGAAAUUUGGACAGGUCAAGAGAUGCUUGCGAAUCUCGACAGGCGCGGUGUCAGCAGACAUACUAUUCAUGUUUAUGACCGAGCAUGCCAAGGGUUGUCCAAAGCUCUUAAAGAGCAGAAGGACCAACUUAAAGAGCUGAAUAAGCGAAAUAAUAAUACUUCCAGGGAAAUUGAAGGAGGAAAGCCCAAAUUUGAUCCAGAAGCUUACAUUGCUAUUUCUCCAAGAACUUUGCGUGUGAUGGAAGGGAUUAUAACGGUACUUAUGCGACUAAUGGAUCCGGAUCUGGAUUGUGUAGACGACUAUAAAGUCGUACUAGUAGAGUCUGUAGCUCGCCGCGAUCCAAGCGCAGAUAAUGGAAGUGCAGAUGAUGCAGAAAGUUCGGAUGAAGCAGAAAGGGGUGGAGGCUCUUCCACCAAAGGAAAGAGGAAACCAGCUCAAAGAAAGACCCAGACCAGUUUACUGAAAGGGAAAAUUGCAGCAAAAAUAAGAGAGCUCAAAUUUUGGUGCAUGAAUCCUGGCCUCAUAUUCCAGCCGAUCUCCUCGAAAGUACGAUCGAUUAUCCUUACUAGUGGCACGCUUUCACCUAUGGACACCUUUGCCUCCGAGCUCCAAACAUCUUUCAAGAUCCAACUAGAGGCAGGUCACAUCAUUCAAAAGUCGCAAGUAUGGGCAGGAGCACUCCCGCUUGGACCAAAUGGUGUCAAGAUGGAUGGUACCUACCGCUCUGCAAGCAGUUACCCAUACCAAGAUGAGCUUGGGCGCGUUAUAGAGCGAAUCAUCACCAUAACGCCUCACGGAGUCCUUUGCUUCCUAUCCUCCUAUAGCCUUUUGGAUAACCUGAUGGCUCGUUGGCGUGCAACCGGACAGUACGACCGCUUAUGCGCUAUCAAAAAGGUGAUACAGGAGCCGAGGAAAGCACCAAACAAAAUUUUUGACAAAACACUCAGAGGAUUUUAUGCACACAUUGCGAGUCAUGUAGAAAAAGGAUCCAAUGGGGGCGCCAUCAUGUUUGCAGUUUUUCGAGGUAAAUGCUCCGAAGGGAUCGAUUUUACAGACUCCAACUGUCGGGCUGUACUAGCAGUGAGCAUCCCUUUCCCAGGGCUUCAUGACCUCAAGAUCAAGUUAAAGAAAGAGUAUAACGAUAGUCAAUCCCGACGGUAUCGUGAACACACUCAGUUGAUGCAUCAUCAAUCUUUGCAGAGCCUGGAUCAUUCCAGUGGCAAUUCUGCACAGAGCGCUCAGCUUGCAGCAAUGAUUGCUAAACGCAAUCAAGGCCGGCCAUUGCUUAAUGGCAAUCGCUGGUAUGAGAUCCAGGCUUUUCGAGCAUACAAUCAGGCUAUUGGUCGCUGUAUUCGACACCGACGAGACUGGGGUGCCAUGGUGUUAUUGGACCAUCGUUUUAGUCAGCUUUCCAACCAGCAGUGUCUAUCUAAAUGGGUACGCCCGCUUGUCAGGACUUUUUGGGAUUUUGAGCAAGGAGUUAAUGAUAUGAUGACAUGGAUAAAGCCCCUAUGUUCUGACGGAGUUGUUAUACUAGAAGAGGUUGUUAGAGAAGUAACUACGCUUAUUGAACAAGCACCAGGGCAGGAUAGACAAGAAGCAUGUCAUGCUGUCCAAGUCACCGAUGAUCUUUCGAUAGAUAGCUCGAGGCAGGAAGGGAACGACAGGAGAGAAGAGGCAAUCGUCAAUUCGGAAGUUAAAUCCAUUCAACUGGGCGAACGGGAAGGAAAACCAGAGGGAGAUAUUUCAACAUGUGAAGACACUGUGGGUCAUAUAACAACGGACCUAGAGGCAAAGUUACAUGAACCAAAGAAUGAGGAUGUUGAUUAUGGGGGUCCUGCUGGCCAGGACGGAUCGGAUAUUAAUGAUUGGAAUAAUGAAUGGGCGCUUGAUCCAGCCGAUGGCCUGUUAGAUGGUGCUAACGAUAACAGGCGCAGUCAAAUGCAGAAGCAACUUUGCAGUGAUGAUAUUUACCACGCGGUGUCUGAGGCACAGCAGCAUGGGGCGGAUGACGACUGGGGCUCUGAUCUUGAAGCAGAUGUCACUGCAGAGUUGGAUGCUGGUUUCGAGAGCGAAAGCGAAAGCGAAACGCAGCAGAGGUCUAAUGAAUCUGAUGACUUUCAAAACCUCGAUGAAGGCGAUAACAUGCAAGCCCAUGAGGCUGUAUCAGACAUGAGUACUACCGCUAAACGCAAUUCUUCUGAGACUCCAGGCAUGUCUAUCACCGAAGCGACUGCGCUUAUGCCAGUGUCUAUUUCAUCCACGAAUAUUGAUGCCGAGAGUCGUGCCCCUUCGUCACAAAGUGUAGAUAGCACACAUCCCCAUCCUAAAGCGUCGUCUCCUUUGUAUUCUGCAUUUUCAUCAGUACGAUCUCUACCUGUUUGGCCAUCCGAAUUUCCUUAUGAGCUAGACGUGUCAAAUUCGCUGACUAAGAAGUCCAUGGUCCUAUCUGGAUUAGGAUCCGAUAUUGAUCUUCGUGUAGUUUGUAAGGUAUGCAGUGGACCUUUGUUGUCUUGCUCUGAGCGUCCCAAGAUCAAGAUAGUGCAUAAAUCAAUGGCCAAUGAGAUGGUGAUGAACCGUAAGCGAGAAAUCCAGGAUGGAUUGUUAUUUGCACAAUCUAUGAACCAACAGACAUCAGUCGUUACAAAUGAUUAUAUUCCUAAUACCAAUGGUACAUCAGGAAUGAGGUCACUAAUUCCUGCGCUCAAGCGGUCUAUUAGUAAUCAAAGUUUGGAAGGUGUUGUCUCAUUGGCUGCGGAGCCUUCUGCAGGGACAAUGAUCCUAGUGAUUUCAAAGUCAAAUGUCAAGGAAGAUUCUGAGACACAGCUUAGCAUGGAUGAGUUGGAUUGUAUAUGGCGUCCAGAGGAUGGCCUAUUUUACCGGCGGAUUGUAUGCGCUCAAUGUAACCGUGGCUGUUCAUCUAUGUCCAUUGGUGAAGCUCACUCUCAUCUUACCAUUGUAAAAACUGCUUCGGGAAAUCGCGUCAUUCCAGGAUGGAAGGGAGUUAUUGUGGUGGGUCGCAGCGAUGAUAGCAUUGCAGAAAAGGGUAGUGCAGAUGAGUUAGGCACAGUUUGGUUGACUCCAGGGGAGACAAGAAUAUUGUAAUAAGCAGCUUCUUCUUCAAUCGAUAUUCGGUAAUACGUGCUUCC